AGCCCUGGAGCUACUGCUUGGUUCUCUGAGAGGUCCCAGAACUCUGCCAAGUGAGUCCAGCUCUGAGUGUUUUCCUUGCAAAUCCAUCAGGAUGAGCAUCCGGGCCCCACCCAGACUCCUGGAGCUGGCGGGGCAGAGCCUGCUGAGAGACCAGGGCUUGGCCGUCUCUGCCAUGGAGGAGCUGCCCAGGGUGCUCUAUCUCCCACUCUUCAUGGAGGCCUUCAGCAGGAGACACUUCGAGGCUCUGACGGUGAUGGUGCAGGCCUGGCCCUUCACCCGCCUCCCUCUGGGAUCGCUGAUGAAGACGCUUCAUCUGGAGACUUUAAAAGCGUUGCUGGAAGGGCUUCAUAUGGUGCUUACACAGAAGGAUCGCCCCAGGAGGUGGAAACUUCAAGUUCUGGAUUUGCGGGAUGUUGAUGAGAAUUUCUGGGCCGUACGGCCUGGAGCCUGGGCCCUGUCCUGCUCCCCAGAGGCCACGAGUAUGAGGCAGACAGCAGAGGACUGUCCGAGGAUGGGAGAGCACCAGCCCUUGAAGGUGUUCAUAGACAUCUGCGUCAAGGAAAUACCUCAGGAUGAAUGCCUGAGAUACCUCUUUCGGUGGGUUUACCAAAGGAGAGGUUUAGUACACCUGUGCUGUAGUAAGCUGGUGAAUUAUCUAACGCCGAUUAAAUAUCUCAGAAAGUCUUUGAAAAUAAUCCACCUGGAUAGUAUUCAGGAGCUGGAAAUCCGCAACAUGUCUUGGCCACGUCUGAUAAGAAAGCUUCGUUGUUACCUGAAGGAGAUGAAGAAUCUUCGCAAACUCAUUUUCUCCAGGUGCCAUCAUUACACGUCAGACAAUGACCUCGAGGGACGGUUAGUCGCCAAAUUUGGCUCUGUGUUCCUCAGGCUGGAACACCUCCAGUCGCUUAAAAUAAAAUUGGUCACCUUCUUCAGUGGACACCUGGAACAGCUGAUCAGGUGCCUCCAGAACCCCUUGGAGAACUUGGAAUUGACUUGUGGCUACCUAUUGGAAGAGGACGUGAAGUGUCUCUCCCAGUACCCAAACCUCGGUUACCUGAAGCAUCUGAAUCUCAGCUACGUGCCGCUGUUCCGCCUCAGUCUUGAGCCCCUCGGAGCUCUGCUAGAGAAAGUUGCUGCCACUCUCGAGACCCUCAUCUUGGAGGGCUGUCAGAUCCACUACUCCCAACUCAGUGCCAUCCUGCCUGGCCUGAGUUGCUGCUCCCAGCUCACCACCUUCUACUUUGGCAGAAAUUUCAUGUCUGUGGAUGCCCUGAAGGACCUGCUGCGCCACACCAGUGGGCUGAGCAAGUUAAGCCUGGAGACAUAUCCCGCCCCUGAUGAGAGUUUGAAUUCCUUGGUUCGUGUCGAUUGGGAGAUCUUCACCCCGCUUCGGGCUGAGCUGAUGCGGACACUGAGGGAAGUCAGGCAGCCCAGAAGGAUCUUCAUUGGCCCCAUCCCCUGCCCUUCCUGCGGCUCAUCACCGUCUGAGGAACUGGAGCUCCAUCUUUGCUGCUAGGGAAGGCGUGCCUAGCGGGGUAGAUCCAUCCAAAGUUCUCUUCCAGGCUCUUGGACACUAAAAUCUAGUAUGUACGUGCAAGUUAGGUUUUUUUUUUCUCUUAUUUACUUUUUUAAUAAUUCUAAAAUUUUAUUAAAGAAAAUUUGAGACAGGAUUUUGCUGUGUUGUACCAGCGGGUCUCAAACUGCUGGGUGCAUGGGAUUAUCUUGCCUCAGUCUCCUAAAGUGCUGGGAUUACUGGCAUGAAUGACUGUGACCAGGCCACAUGCAACUUACAG